UUUUCCUCUGCUUAUCACCUUUCCUUAUCGCACCGAGUGCUGAAAAGCCAGUGGGAACGGGCGGACAGGUAAGACUUGACAACGGACAGUCGAGAGGGAAAGAUCACAGCCGCUGCUGCCGCUCGGUCAGUCAAACCUGUUCUCUCACACCUCAAAGACUCUGUAGUUUCACCUGGGGAGGCAGGAAGGGUAGGAGGCUUACCUGGCAGAACCCCCGUUUGCUACUGCACCAAGAAGACGGAUUUGGGAUUGACUCAGACUGCCUCAACUCUGUGAGCUAUACCACAGGGGACAGAACAGAGGAAUUAGUGCACAAUUUGCCAACAAAUAACAGGCUCUGACACCAAGGGAAAAAAAGAGAGUAGAAGAAAAAGGAGAGGAAGUGGAAGCUCUGAAGAAGAUGGCUCAGACCACGGAGGUGUGGCACACGCAGGCUCCGCCCCAGGAAGAGGAGGAGGGGGAGGAGCCGGAGAAGGGCCCCGCCCAGCCCGAGUGCUCCAUCUGCUACAACACCUACGACAACGUCUUCAAGACGCCCAAGCUGCUGGACUGCACGCACACCUUCUGCCUGGAGUGCCUGACGCGGCUCAUGGCCACCGGCGGCGAGGGCGAGAUCUCCUGCCCCUUCUGCCGCCGGCCCACCGCCGUGCCGCAGAGCGGGCCGCCGGCGCUGGCCACCAGCCGGGAGGUGCUGUGCAAGCUGCCCACGCACCAGCAGCAGGAGGAGAGCGUGUGGCUGGAGGGCGAGCGGCUGUGCUACAAGCUGCCGCCCAACCCGGAGAGCCCGGCCUUCUGCGUCUGCAUCGACAUCGGCGCCGCCAAGCAGGCCGCCGGCCCCGACGCGCAGGCCGGUCCCGGCCGGGCCGGGGGGAGGGGCGCGCUGGCCCGGCUGUCCGACUGGAAGCGGCUGGUGCUCUUCGUGGUGCUGACGGCGCUGCUGGUCGUGGUGGUGCUGUGGCCCCUGCAGUGCAUCUUCAGAACGGGGACCCUGCGGUGCGUGCGUCGCGGGAUGCCCGACAUGGGCGGGCCCCUCAGCACCGCCGCCGCCACCAUCAGCACCCUGGAGCCGCCCCACCACUAGCCCCGCCUUGUCCCCACACCCCCGCCGGGGAGGGGACAAGGCGCACAGUCCCCCCCCCCCCCCCAAACCCCAAAAAAAAAACAAAAAAAAGAAGAGAAAUGGAAUGACGAAGGAGGUUUGACAAACUGUGACGAUCUCAAACGACACGGGACGGUCCCCUUUAAGGCUCCAGGACAUUACUGAACUGUACCCCCCUCGUCUGAGUGGAGGGGAACGAGGACAGAGGACACGGGGAUCUGAGACAUGCGACAGCCCCGGUGGUCAUGGAGACCGGAUGCAGCCGCACAGCAGCUGUAACGUCCAUCUUUCUGAAGCCGUCUUCAAAAGCAUGGCGUUUUGUUUCGUCCUCAUACUGUAAAGAUGCCGAUGCAAAAGUUUCAGCAGAGAGGAGAAAGAAAAAAAACCAAAAGGAGGAAAUCCAUUCUGAUGGGAGAUUGGAACCAACUGGAUCAAAAUUUUACAUCAUAACACGACUGACGCUUUGACAGCACGGACAUCAACUGCUCAGGGUUUACCGAUAAACAUUUUUUUUUAAAUACGAAAAAUGAAACAGAAAAAUAAGAGAAAAAUGUUGCACUAAUUGAUUCUUUUGAAACAGGAUUUUCUUGACCAAAAUCAAUUACCUGUAUUAGCACUUUCUAAAAAAAUAAGAAAAAGCUUCUCUUUCUUGUGUUAAACGAAAAAGUACACAAAAAAAUGUAGUCCAACAAAGUCAUUGCGAAGCCAUUCGUCACAGGUAUGGGACAGGAAAUCCCAAAAUGGCAUCCGUAAGAGAGCAUUCUUACAACAUUACACAGUGUUUCUGUCCUGCAUACACAAGCACAUACAAACGAACAAAGAACAAAUUAAUCUAUGCAGGGGGUAUUUUUGUGUGUUCAGCGCCAUAUCAAACACGCACUGCGAUAGCUAGCAUAUCUGCAGCUCAGGUGAAUUACCUGCUUCUACGAAACAAUGAAUUUUCGCCAACCGAUAUGAUGCUAUUUUUGUACAUUUUUGUACCCUGUAAAUUAUAAUGUUCUACAUGUAAAUUUUGCACUUUCUAAUAAUAUAUUUUGGUUACAAAAUUUAAAUAAAAGUGUACAGUUUAAUUUA